CACAAGCAUCGAUUUUUACAACUCAUAAACUGAUUCUUAUCAUCAAUUCUAAAGCUCUAAAGCUCUAAAGCUCUACCUUUCAAUCUUCCUUGCAUAUUACAAGACCUUGUUAACAUGGCAUAUAACGCUUCAUAUCAAACUCCUCCAUCUCAAAGUCAACAACAAGGUUAUAAUUAUGGCUCUGGUGCUUACUCCUCGGCACCUUCAGGAGGUAGUUACCCAGCUCCGCCUUCAUCCGAACAACCUUUACCUCCUGGCUGGACCAAGGAGUGGAAUCAUCAAUACAACGCUUGGUUCUACAUUAACAAUCAGGUUCAUCCAGUGAUCACCCAAUGGACUCAUCCAUCUCAACAUCAACCUCCUCAAGCUCCUCCUUCUCAAUACGCACCUCCACCAGGUCCACCUAACUCUUCAUACGGAACUUCUGGAGCUCCUUCAAUGCCUCAGGCUCAAGCCAAUAGUCCUCCUAGCUACACUCCCAACUCUGCAUCUAAUGGGAUGCCUCAUGUAGUGAAUAAUGAGAAAGGUGGACCUAAUAAUUAUCAACCUUCAUCUGGUCCCUCAUUUCCUGAACGUAGUGGCUCUUAUGGAAAUUCUUAUGGUCCUCCUCCUAACGGUCCUUCCUCUAACCAAUAUGGCGCUCCUCCAAAUGGUCCUCCUCCGAACCAGUAUGGCCCACCUUCCAACGGUCCUCCCUCGAACCAGUACCCAGCUCCACCCAAUGGUCCUACUUCCAACAAGUACGGACCUCCUCCAAGCGGACCUGCUCCUAACCAGUAUGGCCCACCUCCCAGUGGUCCCCCUCCCACCAACCAGUAUGGUGCUCCUCCUACCAACCAGUAUGGUGCUCCUCCUACCAACCAGUACGGUACUCCUCCUACUAAUCAGUACGGUGCUCCACCAAGUCAACCUCCUCAACCUGGUUCACAAUAUCCAGUUGGAGGAUAUGAUAUCUCAAAUCAAAAAGCUACAUCUACAUCUAAGCCAACAACGACGACGAAUACCAAUGGAAAGAAACCUAAAUCUGGAUUAUUUGGUGCUGGAUUAGGAGCUUUAGGUGGUUUAGCUCUUGGUGCAUUUGCUUCACAUGAAUGGAACCAACAUGAAAAGAAAGAAGAAAGAAGAGAAGAAGAAGCUUAUGAAGAAGGAUUAAUUGAUGGAUCUUAUUAAGAAAAAAAGGAUUUAUGAUUAGGAUAUUUGGAAAAUUCAAAAUGGUUCAUUCAUUGUGGAUUUUCUUAUCUUACCGUUUUCUUUGAUCUUUUCUUUAUUCUGGUUGAUCCUUUUUCUCUAUUGAAACCUCUGUAUGACUCAACAAUUUCUUUCUCGUCUUUUGAUCUAUGCUAUACUAUCAAUUUCAUCAGGGAAAAAUGAUAUCUUAUCCUAUCUCAUUUACAAGAAAACCCUCAUGUAGAGUAACUUGUACACGUGUUUGAGUUUAACCUUGUUUGAAACGUAUUCUAAUUGUGGUGCU